AAAUGUAACUCUGCUGGUCUUCUUCCUGAUGGAGAGGAAAAGAUGCAAAAGAUUUCUGAAAUAAAAACUGGAGUGGAUGAAGCUGAUGUUUUGAUAGGAAAAAUGGAUCUUGAGGCAAGAAGUUUGCAGCCAAGUUUGAAGGUUGUCCUGCUUGCCAAGCUAAGGGAAUACAAGGCUGAUCUAAAUAAGGUUAAAAGGGAAGUUAAGAAAAUCUCAUCAAAUGAUGCUAAUCAGGUCCGUGAAGAGUUGUUGAAGUCUGGAAUUGCAGAUGCACAUGUGAUUUCUGUGGAUCAAAGAGAAAGAUUGGCAAUGUCAACCGAGAGACUAAAUCAGUCAAGCGACAGGAUCAAGGAGAGUAGAAGAAGUACGCUGGAGACAGAAGAGCUUGGUGUCUCCAUCCUUCAAGAUUUGCAUAAUCAACGUGAAACUCUCCUGCAUUCCCAUAAGAAGUUUCAUGGGAUUGACGAUGCCAGGGAGAAACCUUUUUGCCGGAAUUGUCGAGGAAGAAGACUCGGAAGUCUAGGGUUUGAGGUUGGCCUUCUUCUUUGAUGUAAAUCUCAGGCUUGUAAAGAGCAGUGCAAGUGAAGGACCUCCUCUUAGGAACCAAUCUGCUGUUGU